AUGAGAGGCAGCUGCCGUUCCGAUACGGCCCUCCGUGUCUGUGGCGCGAGUGACAGUAUGGCUGUUGGUGCGGGUGGCAGUGGUGGUGGUGGUAUUGGCAGGAGUGGUGCUGGUGGCACUGGUGCCGGUGUGCGGGGGGCGGCACUGGUGCGGUUACCAAUGCAGCCGGCAGUGGUGUGGGUGGUGCGGGCAGGAAUGGUGCCGGUGCUUUGGGCGGCAGUCAUGCUACUAGUGCGGGCUGCAGUGGUGCUACUGGUGCGGGCAGCACAAGUGCCAGUGGCACGCGAGGCAGAGGUGCCGGUGGUGCGGGAGGCAGUGGUGGUGGUAGUGCAGCGCAUUCCACUCUCUCUGCCAACCUCCCCUUCCCCCUCUUCCAACAAGUCACCGCCUCACUCUGCCAACCUCCCUCUCCCCACACACCUACCCUCUGUCUUUUCCAAGCAUUCCCCAUCCUCUCUGCUAGCUUUCCCCCACUCUCUGCCAACCUCCUCUCCCCCGCUUUGUCAAACCCCCGCCACCACCAUCCCCACCUCCCCCACCCCCCUCCCUCCCCCCUCCACCUCCUCCUCCGCCAAGCCAACCUCAACCCUCUCUGCCAACAUCCCUCCCUCUAUGCCAACCUCUCCCCCGCUCUCGAUGUCCACGUUCCCCUCUCUAUCGCAACACCAUCCCUGCCUGUGUGCCCUCCUCCAUCCCUGCCAAGCUUCUCUCCUUCCCCCUCACUGCCAAUCUCCCCCCUUUCCCCAAAUGCAGGUUACCUUUGCAGGUUGCAUGUGCAGGUUACCAGUGGAGGUUAUAUUAUGCUGCGGGGCUGUUGGUGCAGCAGAUCGAUGGGCACGAGAGGACGACGCAGGAGGUCCGCCAACGGCUGUACCGCGAACAGCUGUGGCAGCCGUGUUCCGAAUGGCUGUAACCGCAGGUGGAGCAGGUGCAUGA